AUUUGUUCAUGAAGGCCAGCUCAGUCAACGCCUCUCACUGACUGACACCCUUUUGUUUUUUCCUUCUUCAGCAGCUGUGCUUGGCUGUCAGACAGCCCACUGAAUGACGGAGCUCCCAUCUCUGCGGAGGAACAACUGAUCCCCGUCAAAGGUUCCCCAACGCUGACCAGGAGUGCUCAUAUGUCAAGGCAGGGCUGCAAGGACACUAGCUCAGUUUCCAUUUAAAAAUGUCAUGUGAGACGCCAGGGCGACACAGCAUUCUUCUGUAAAUGUGAAGACGAGGAAUGGAAGAAAGCUACGAAACAUUUGAGGAGGAGUUGGGGCCAUCGAGAGCAGAGCCUCCUCCACAGAAGCCUGUUCGACAGAUCCGCAGACCAGAAAUGUAUGCCCCAAGAAAAAUCAGAGAGGACACAAUGCCGGUUUCACAGCAGCUGAGAUCGGAACCCAAGAUUUUAACCAAAGAGCCCAGUUUCUCCACAACAGCAUCCCUGCACAAAAGCGUAUCCAUCCAAAACCUUGCUCAGGUAGAAACGCCGUGGGAGAGCGUCACGCUCAACCGCUGCCUGUUUGUGGCCAUCACCAUUCUGGUGCUUACAUCAGGCUUCCACAGACUUAGUGAAACUCUUCGUGGUCAGAGACCAGUUGAUGAGGAAGAGGAUGGACUCAUGAGGAGACCGUUGAAAAUGUUACACAACAGAGGGCAGCCUCUACAGCCAGAGAAAUCUCUGUGGGAAGUCAUGCUUUGGUGGCUGCCUGACCUUGACGAUGAUGCAGAGGACAAUGGGAUCAGAAGAGGAAGAUCAAAGACAGGAGGCGUUACACAAACAGCAAGAACCCACAGAAACAGGCAAUUUGCUGGCAAAAAACUCCUAAAGCAAAGAGAUGGAAAACUAAAGGAAAGGAGAACCAGGAAAAGGAUGAACAAAGAAAUCAAAGACGAGGAAACGGAGAAAACGGCCGACAUGAAAAGAGAAACAACUGAGGAAAGGGAGGAAGAGACGGUUCCUAAGAAAAACAAGAGCUCCACAGUAAAGAAGGAAAAGAAACAAAUAAAAGAAUAAAACAAGAAUUAAGGCAGCAACAAGUUUCCUUACCCAUGCAUUAAGAAAUGGCGGGAAAGAUCAUAAUGUAAUUAAAGCCACCGUUAUCAAUUCAAA